CGCGGAGCGAAUUGAAGACUGUGUGAGCCACGCAGUUCAGUUUCUGGAGCGUAGAAAGAAAGUUGCCAGACUUACUUAUAAAGCUCCGCCGCGGGAACUAUUAAACCGCGAUUGGCGAGAAGAAAGAUAAAAGUCUUACGGUGAUGGCCAAAAAGUUUGUCAUGUUGCUGCUUUCUGCAAAGGACCAACUAGUGAGUCUGGAUAUCGCAGCCAAAAUUUUGACUGAAGAAGAUCCGAUGAAAUUGAUUAGAAGCAUGGCUAGAAACUCGAAGUGUGUCAAAUCUUAUAUAGAAAAGGGGUCUUGUGAGCCGAAACACUUCCCGAAGAUCAGGAGACUGUAUGACAUUGCCAAUGUGUUGACCAGCUUGAAGUUGAUAGCGAAAGAGAAGCAGUCUGACAGGGGAUCAAAGAAGACUUUCUACCGUUGGACUUCUUACCAGCCAGAACAACUAUUCAUCGAGAUGGCCUCGCUGAGACCGUUUUCGCCGGUUGCGAUUUCGGGAAAUGAAAACAGGAAAGCCUACACCAAGUAUGCUGCGUCAUACAAUAACGGUAGCGGUUUCUCUGAGCGAGGUUGCCGAAAACCAGAUCUGUCCAGAAAGUCGAAUCCUACGUCUUUGGACACUUUCAGAGCGUUGAUUAAAACUCCGGGAUUUGACAACUACAGGCCAACAAAAAGAGCCCUACUUAUAAAAACUAUUGUCAUGAAAGAAACUACUUUCUGCCUCCUGCCUGCCAGCAGCUGCACAUAUCCGGAGGUAGUUUUGCCAAACAACUUCAAAAUAAAUCUUUCGAAACUGGAAGAUUCUGAAUUAAACAAUCUGCGCGACUUCAGAGAUAUCAGUGAAGAGCCUCCUGCAAAGAAAUCGACAGGAAUUAGAAGUAAUAUUCCCGCACCUACCUCGGCGUUUCGUAAAAUUGGUUAUCAAGUUAAUUUCGGCGAUGACGCGCGAUUCACUGAGGCGUGCAAUGAGACAGGCAACCUCAAGGAAAUAAGAGUCAAGUUUCCGAAACUUCUGCCCUUGAAUGGUGCUGCAGUUUUGGAGCGAAUUCAUGAAAGUGAGACUAAUCUUGCAAGGAAAAAUGGGGCCAAUCUAGCAAGUAUGAUAGACGAAUACAUGAUUCCUGCCGACUGUGAUUUCUAUCCCCAUAUCCGUGAGUUGUGGGACGCCGACCGGGAUCGACAGAUACUGGAUACUGUGCACAACGUCAAUUCAGCUUCAGAUGACUGCAAAGAACUUAGUACGUAUUUGUUUUCUGUGAAUGGAAAUAACGGGCCUGUAAGUCCUCUCACGUCUUUUCCCAUGGCUACACCGGCAUCGACUGAGGAACUGGUUCGACCUAUUGGAAUCACAUGGGCACCGAACGCAACAAUGGAACCCAAGAUGUGUCUGGAUCGUUGGACUAAUGCUCAAAAUUUGGACACAAAAUCUGAAAUAGUGGGCUGCCAGGAUCCGCAGAAUUAUGUAAUUCCACCAGUAGACCGAAGCUUCAUGCAGCAAUCGGUUGAAUCUGGGAGCUCAACCUGGUCUUCUAGUGUUUCAAGGACCCCAGCUAAUGUCUCAGACUCUUUAAAUGCGACCACUCACACUCCUGUUCAUUUCGCUACAGAAGGUUACCCAAAUCAACCGGAGAUGUCUUAUUCUGACUCUUCGGGUAGUUACUGCAAUGGAAUGCAAUCAGCGACCUCGACGCCGGGUGUUAGUGCUAAUAUGUAUAACCAUCAGUCACCAAGCGCUUUCUAUCAGUCUAGCCAAGAGAAUGCUAUUAAUUUAUCCCAACAUACUGGUUCUCCGAGUGUACCGAAUUACAAUGCAAGUCAAAGCUGUAGAUCUGAAUACGUCCACAACAUUCCUGAUAGUUAUCCUGGUGACGUAUAUGCGUAUCCCACUCCACACACUAAUUCUCAGCUUUCGCAGAAUGGUUUGACUUUCGACGAAAACUUGUUAAUAGCUGCAGCUGCUCAACAAUCAAAUGAUUACAACAACAUUUUCAGCGUGGAAAAUUCAGUGACCGGGGGUUAUGAGGCGGCUCAAAUGAGUUAUCAGCUGAGUCAACUUCAAAACAGAGACACAUCUUUUCAUAACCAUGUGGAAGCAAACGGCGGUUCGCAUUUGAACUUGACGUCUUCGAAUUGCUGCGUGGAAAAUCAACAUCUCUUUGCAGCUCCUCCAGGCAUCGCUUCAACUGCGGAAAUAGAGCAGGCGAUGUUAGCACAAGCUGCUGCGCUUUACAACGUGCAACAGAGUGUCCAAAUGAAUGCUGAAGCAAACUGCUUCAGUUAUCCUCAAAUUGCGGCUGGAGAAAAUAUCAGCUCGGAUGUGGCAGCACAAGAAAUCAUGAAUGAGGCAGCGCUAGCAGCUGCCCAGCUAACUGGCGUUACCUUCUGAAACUAUAAUUCAAUCUAAGAAUAACAAAACUCAACCUCAAUGAGGGAAGUACAAUUCCUUGAUUGAACUUUUUAUAUCAACCCUAUAUGUGCUAGUUUCAUACGUUUUUGAGUACUUUCUUGUGCUAUGCUGACUGAAAUCGGAGAUCAAUUAAACUUGGCAAAACAAAUAUGAUUUUUCAGAGCCCGUGUUUUGGUAAAACUAUACCAUAAUUGCCAGUAAUACUGGAAAAAACUUUUUGAUGGGCCAUAUGAAGAUUAUAAUUUGAAACGUUCAAUGAUGUGCCUGUUAAGUUCAUUUGAUCCAAAACUAUUGCUCACAAAUUGCAAUCAUUGAAUCUGUAAUGUGUUUCCGAGUUUAUUGGCAAUGUACAAAACAAUGACUUAUUCGUCAAUAGUUGGCGUGCUUUUUUUUCAUUUCCUCUUGCGUUUAGAACUCGAUGUUUUGAUGCUUUUAAUAUAAUUGUGUCAAUAUUUUAAUAUUGCUUUCCCAAAGAUGAAAAAGAAUAGUUAAUCGUGUUUGUCUUUGUAAUUUUGAGGCAACCAUACUCCUUGAAUUGUUCAAAUUGGAUAAUAGUGGUAUAAAUGUUUAAGUGUUGGAGGUUUAGGCCCUAAUUUGGGUCUGGUGAUAAUCUGUCAACCAAUUUUGAUGUUGUGAACCACUGAGUGGAAUAAUGGAUUCUUGAUUCAUGAAUAUAUAUAUAUCAUUUUACUAAUCGUCAAUUUAAUCUCAACAAUUAUAUGAUCAAUGUUCAAAAUGCUCUGAAAAUUUUUAGAUAUUUCAAUUCAAUUGUUUAC